AUGGAGAGCCGGGCACCGGGACGCAAGAAGAGUGGGUCCUUCAAACACGGAUCCAUAAAAAGAACGACGUCAGGGUCUUUAAAGAGUCAAAAGGGAUGGAUUGAAAAGACCUUUCAGAAGAGAGACUGUAUUUCUAUUAUACCCACUAAGGAUCCAACGAGGUGUAGCUGUGGUCAGCUUGUCAGUCAGCAUGCUGCGUUGCCCCCAGGUGUAACAACUAGAAGUGAGGAGGCACCAGUGGACGGGGAGAAGUGGUCCAUUGCCAAACACACACAGGCAUCGGCCACAGAUGCCUAUGGCACCAUCGAAUUCAGAGGAGGAGGCCAGACCAACAAGGCAAUGUACAUCCGAGUGUCCUACGACACCAAGGCAGACUCGCUGCUCCAGCUGAUGGUGCGAGAAUGGCAGCUGGAGCUCCCCACCCUGCUCAUCUCGGUGCAUGGAGGCCUGCAGAACUUUGACCUGCAGAACAAGCUCAAGCAGGUGAUCGGGAAAGGGUUAAUCAAAGCUGCCGUCACUACUGGAGCUUGGAUCUUCACCGGAGGAGUCAGCACAGGUGUGAUGCGGCAUGUGGGAGAUGCACUGAAAGAACACUCCAGUAAGUCCAGAGGAAAAGUGUGUGCCAUAGGCAUCGCCCCCUGGGGGAUCCUGGAGAAUAAGGAGGACCUCAUAGGCCAAGAUGUGACAAAGCCAUACCAGUCAAUGGCAAACCCGAUGAGCAAGCUGUCCGCCUUGAACGGCAACCACUCACAUUUUCUUCUGGUGGACAAUGGGACUCACGGCAAAUAUGGAGCAGAAGUCAAACUGCGCAGACAAUUGGAAAAACAUAUCUCCAUGCAAAAAAUCAACACUCGCCUGGGUCAGGGUGUCCCUCUUGUGGUGCUAAUUCUGGAAGGUGGGCCCAACGUGAUUGCCACGGUGUGCGAGUGUCUGCGUGAGGACCCUCCUGUUCCCGUGGUGGUGUGUGACGGCACCGGGAGAGCCUCCGACAUCAUCUCCUUUGCACAUAAGUACUCGGAGGAAAAUGGGAUAAUUAGUGACAACUUGAAAGACCAGCUGCUGAUCACCAUCCAAAAGACCUUCAACUACACCAGGAGUCAAGCUCAGCAGAUCUUCCUCAUGGUCAUGGACUGCAUGACCAAGAGGGAACUGAUUACAGUUUUUCGUAUGGGUUCAGAGGGCCAACAGGACAUUGAGAUGGCAAUCCUUUCUGCUCUUCUAAAAGGGACAAAUGCCUCUGCCUGUGACCAGCUGAGCCUGGCGCUGGCAUGGAACAGAGUAGAUAUCGCCCGCAGUCAGAUCUUUGUCUACGGUCACCAUUUACCCGUAGGGACAGUCCUGCCCACCACGAGUGCCCCUAAGGGUGACAAGAGUCCAGGCACGGCCCACGGCAGCAAAGGGAAGGCACCGCGUGGCAAAAAGGGAAAAGGUGCCAAGGCCAAACCUGAGCCCCCCGAGGAGACAGAUCCUCGCAAACUGGAGAUGCUCAACUGGGUGAAUUCUCUGGAGCAGGCUAUGAUGGACGCCCUAGUCAUGGACAGAGUGGACUUUGUCAAACUGCUGAUCGAGACAGGAGUGAACAUCCAUCACUUUCUAACAAUCCCUCGCCUGGAGGAGCUCUAUAAUACGAAACUCGGGCCAGUAAACACGUUGCAUUUUGUUGUGAGAGAUGUGAAAAAGGGAAACCUACCACCCAACUAUCAGAUCACCCUCAUUGACAUCGGCCUGGUCCUGGAAUUCUUAAUGGGAGGGGCUUAUCGCUGCAACUACACUCGGAAAGGAUUCCGCACACUAUACAACAGUCUCUAUGGGCUCAAGCGACCUAAAGCGCUGAUGCUUCUUGGAAUGGAGGACGACGACCCGCCUGGGAAAGGCAAGAAGAAGACCAAGAAGAAGAAGGAGGAGGAGAUGGAGUUUGACUUGGACGACCCAGAGAUCAGCCGCUUCAAGUACCCCUUCCACGAGCUGCUGGUGUGGGCGGUGCUGAUGAGGCGCCAGAAGAUGGCGCUGUUCCUGUGGCAGCGGGGCGAGGAGGCCAUGGCCAAGGCCCUGGUGGCCUGCAAGCUCUACAAGGCCAUGGCCCACGAGUCGGCCCACAGCGACCUGGUGGAGGACAUCCUACAGGACCUCGAGAACAACUCCAAGGAGUUUGGUCAGUUGGCGUUGGACGUGCUGGAUCAGUCGUAUAAGCAGGAUGAGCAGGUGGCCAUGAAGCUGCUGACCUACGAGCUGAAGAACUGGAGCAACUCCACCUGCCUGAAGCUGGCCGUCAUGGCCAAGCACCGGGACUUCAUCGCACACACCUGCAGCCAGAUGCUGCUCACCGACAUGUGGAUGGGCUGCCUGCGCAUGGGCAAAGUCAAUGGCCUGAAGGUAAUCCUGGGGAUUAUAUGUCCACUAUAUAUUCUACUGCUGGAUUUUCGCACGGGAGAAGAAUCAGAAGAACAGAGCUACGUUGACAAUGAGGACAAAGAAGAUGACAACAAAGAUGACAAGUCCAACAAGGUACAUGGCUUAGGCUUAAAUAGGGGCUCCAAGAAGGGCCAAGAUGAGGAAAGCAAUAAAAAGAGUCGAAGACGAGUUCCCAUUGGCAAAAAGAUCUAUGAGUUCUACAAUGCCCCUUUCACCAAGUUCUGGUUUAACACGACGGCCUACCUUGCCUACCUGGCGCUGUACAACUACAUCAUUCUAGUGAAGAUGGAGCGCUGGCCGUCAGUGCAGGAGCUCAUUGUCAUCGCCUAUAUAGUCACCCUGGGCUUUGAGAAGCUGCGCCAGAUCCUGAUGUCGGAGCCGGGUAAGAUCAAGCAGAAGGUGAAGGUGUGGCUGGAGGAGUAUUGGAACAUCACGGACCUGGUGGCCAUCUCCUUCUUCCUGAUUGGCCUGUUGCUACGGCUACAGGGAGAGCCCUCCAUGGGCUACGGGCGCGUCAUCUACUGCAUAGACAUCAUCUUCUGGUACAUUCGGGUGCUCGACAUCUUCGGCGUCAACAAGUACCUGGGGCCCUACGUCAUGAUGAUGGGCAAGAUGAUGAUCGACAUGCUGUACUUCGUGGUGAUCAUGCUGGUGGUGCUGAUGAGUUUCGGGGUGGCGCGCCAGGCCAUCCUGCACCCGGACGAGGAGCCCACCUGGAGGCUAGCCCGCAACAUCUUCUACAUGCCCUACUGGAUGAUCUAUGGAGAAGUCUUUGCAGAUUCCAUAGACCGUAAGACCAGAGUUCAUAUUUAUGCAAUGGAGAUAAACCCUCCGUGUGGGGAGAACCUGUUUGACGACGACGGUAAGAAGCUGCCGCCCUGCAUCCCAGGAGCCUGGCUCACCCCCGCCAUCAUGGCCUGCUAUCUGCUCGUGGCCAACAUCCUCCUCGUCAACCUGCUCAUCGCCGUAUUCAACAACACGUUCUUCGAGGUGAAGUCCAUCUCCAACCAGAUAUGGAAGUUCCAGCGUUACCAGGUGAUCAUGACAUUCCACGAUCGGCCGGUGCUGCCACCGCCCCUCAUCGUCUUCAGCCACAUCUUCAUAUUGUUCAAGCGCCUGCUGAAACGUUGCUGCCACCACAAGAAGGAAGGAGAGGUGGACGAGCGUGACAAAAAACUCAAACUGGCCCUCAGCCCCGAAGAACUGAAAGCUUUGUAUGAGUUUGAGGAACAGUGUGUGGAAGAGCACUUCAGAGGAAAAGAGGACAAGGAGCAGUCCUCCAACAAUGAGCGCAUCCGCAUCACAUCUGACAGGGUGGAGAACAUGGCAGCGCGCCUGGAGGAGGUGAACGAGAGGGAGCACGCCAUGAAGGCCUGCCUGCAGACGGUGGACCUGCGGCUGGUGCAGCUGGAGGAGUUUGCCAACCGCAUGAUGGCCGCCGUGACAGCGCUGACCGGCGUGGACGCCAGCGAGCUCCAGAGCCGCUCCAGGAAGUCCUCCACCUGUGACACGGCGACGCUGUGGUCACGACACGACAGCGUCGGCAGCAGCGACGGCUUACCUGCGUUACCUAGCGGGCGCAGGGAGUCGAAAGGACAGGACGGUGUAGGCGCUGCUUCUGAGUUAAAAGUGGAGUCUGAGAGGAAGCCCAGUUUGACAGUGGCAGUUUCUCCGCUGGUGCAGUCUGAGAGGAAGUCCAGUUUAACAGCGGUGCAGACAGAGAGAAAGCCCAGUUUGACAGUGGUUCCUCCGGAGUUGCAGCCUGAAAGGAAGCUUAGUUUAGCAGCGAGUUCUCCAGAGGUGAAGCGGGAAAGAAAGCUGAGUUUAACAGAAGUUCAGUUGGAGGUUCUGCAGGAGAGGAAGCUCAGUUUAGCGGCUGCCAGUCCUCCAUCGGUGAAGGCGGACAGAAAGCUCAGUUUACCGGCAGUUCACUUAGAGGUGCCGCAGCCACAGAGAAAGCUCAGUGUCACAGCACUUCAUCUGGUGAACGAGGCGGGACUGAUCGUAGACUUGCUGUCAUCUGAUGAAGGAAUGAAGGGAUGCAAUGACAAAUCUACCGUCAUCAACAUAGACAAGUCAACGGCUGAGGUACAGGGAAUGGCCAAACAAGUUACAGAUUCAUCAUCGCUUGCAACGGUCGAAGCAUCGACAGAGAGUCCUGGAGGUCCAACGGUCAACAAACAGAUCUUCGAUCCAGCCUCAUCCUACCCUCUUGAACACGCCAGAGCCAUGCAACACUACUACGUUCAACAAACACUAAGCCAACCACCCCUCAGUCAUGCCAACCACAACGCACACAUUCAGACCUGGGAAAGCAGUGGCAGAUAUGUUAAGAGAUCAGUUAGCCAACCACUGGCCACGACUACCAAACUGCUUCCCAAUGCGUACAGAGUGUCACAGUCGGAUUACAGGACACCUCCCAGUCACUUAAUGCCUCAGGGGGUGGUGUGGGAUCCAUCUCAGAGGAGGCAUUCCUAUGAUACUCUAGGGGUAAAUCACGAACUGAGACAGGACUUGAUGAGGAAUGUUCAAGGAACAGCAGAACGUACAGUGCCAAAUCAACACGCAGAGAGAAGAGACUCCAGAAUAGACACAAACAGUUUGUUGUUAUCAGAGCAAUAUAUGGAUCCAAUGCAUACACCUUCACGUUCCAAAAGCCUAAAUGCUAACCCACGCAAAAGCAGGAGAUCUAGUGAGAGUGCAGACAGAGGCUCUCCAUUAGCGAGGAGUGAACAGAAUCUCUCCAGAGCACGAGAGGGGGGCCACAAGCACCACUCAAAAAAGAAAUAAUCUGAUUACUUCUGUUUGUCAAAGUGCAAUUGUAUUAUGAAUAUUCAAUGGGAUGUAACCUUUUUUGAAAAAGAUUGUUAUAAUAUUGUAUAGUCAAGACAUGAUUAUAUUGUAGUAAUGAGUGUUCUUGUAUAUCAGCAUAACUAUGUGUAAAUAGUAAAUACCUGUACUGUAUAUCAGAAUAAAUUAUUUGUAAAUUAUUUGUGAGUGUAAGUAUAUCUGAAUGUAGGCCUACUAUUAUAUAAGUGUGAGUACAUUUUACUGUAAUUUGCAUUAUGUCUGCAUAUGUUUAUCAUGUAAUUCACCUCAUUAAAC